AUGGGUACCGAUAGAGAUCCCGGAGACCAGAAACACCCAACGACUAGCCAGCAGCCACGAGAUUCGAAAAUGCAGUUGGCAAAAGUUCUUCUUCCCGACGGAGUUCAAAAGGAGUUUGAGGUUAAUAAAAACUCGGAAGGAGAAGCACUUUUCCGACAAGUGACACGAGAUCUAUCGAUUGAGGAACGCGAAUACUUCUCGCUGUGCUUCUACGACAAAGAUGAGGGAACACGACAUUGGCUAUAUAAUGAUAAGAAUAUUGCGAAACAGAUUAAAGGUCUUCCUUGGGAAUUCUCGUUCGAGGUCAAAUUCUACCCGACCACACCUACAACGAUCGUCGACGAUCACGCUCGCUACUACGUCUUCCUUCAACUCAGACGUGAUCUCCUCACCGGACGUCUUCCAGCUACUGCCGACACACAUUCUCUUCUCGGAUCGUUUGUCGCUCAAAUCGAGUUCGGUGAUGCUCCAGCAGAGAUGACGGAUGCCUACGAGCAGUUCAUUGUGGCGUCCAAGCUGGUGCCAUCAGCACAAGCGAAUCCGGAAACAUACAAGAAGAUUGUCGAUUUGCACAGAGAGAUGCGCGGACAGACGCCUUCUGAAGCUGAAAAUCAAUUUUUGGAUCACUGCAAGCACCUGGCUCUCUACGGAAUCCACCUUUUCAAGGCAAUCUCCGAUAAGGACAAGAAGCCUGUGGACGUUGGAAUCGGUGCCGCCGGAAUAAACAUUUACCAAGACGAGCAAAAGACGCAUUCCUUCAGCUGGCAGAAUAUUAUCAAAAUCGGAUAUCGUCGUACUUACUUCUCGAUAAAGCUCAAGGCAGGGACUGUCGAGAAGAAUGAGAAGACAUUGUACUUCAAGUUGCCAAACCAUGUCGCCGCAAAGAGGACUUGGAAGUGUGCAGUCGAACAUCACACUUUCUUUAGACUGAUCCAACCUGAAGACAAGACACAUAAAUCAUUCUUCAACUUUGGCUCCCAGCGGUUCCGCUAUCAAGGACGCACUCAAUUCCAGACAAAGAUUGCCUCGCAGAUGUUUGAUAAACCAUCGACAGUGGACAGAGCGCCAUCUGCAAUGUCUCAACCAAUAGCAACAGCCGAGAAUCAGAAACUUCAAACACUCAAUCUCACGGAUUCGGAAUUGGAGCAGCGCCAAUUUGAGAGAUACCGACGCGCUUUGACACCGAAGUCCUACACAUCAUCGAGACAAGACGAUGACGCGGUAUCAACUGCCACAUUUGCCAAGUAUUCUAGGCCUUCGACUCUUCUUGUUGUUUCCACUUCUGGUCAUCACCAGCAAAGUCCUCACGAGUUGUCGUAUUCACCACGCGGCGAUGAUUCCUCUAACUACUCGUCGGCAGCCUACUAUAUGUCUGAAAGAUCGUCGUUGAGAACUCCGUCAUCCGCCUAUUAUCCUCCAUCCGAAUAUACGAGUCCAACUAGUCCUGUUUAUUUUGAAGGACAACAUCAUGGCGAGUAUCAUGUUCAGAUGAGGCAAACAGCUUCAACUUCAGCUACUGGACCAUCGAACUCGGGUGCCCGCAGAAAUCUGUUUGGUCGGGCGUCGGACGCAAGAAGUUCUCAAGCGUCUAGGGAUAGUGUUCGUCUAGUUUCUUUCCAUGAACCUGUAGACCCAAAUGAGCCGAUUCCAAAUACUUAUCCGUACAGUGAGCUCCCGCAGAUUCCGAUUGAAAGAAUUGUGCAUGUUUAUCACGAAGGCCACUAUGAUCGACUGAGUCCUCGACGCCAACAACGUCCAGAACUGCCUUACGGUUUCGGAAACUAUACCCCUCGAAAUGGAGUUAGUCAUGUUGACAACUUGCAGCCUGAUGGAGAAAUGGAUCAACAACCGAUUAGAUUCUAUGUCGAUGUUAGACAUUCUGGAGCUAGUCGGCGGAAUCUUGCAAAGCGAUUGAGUCAUCCAGGAAAGGAGGACAUCAAGGAACAAAUAGAUCCAAAGGAUUACUACUUCUCAGCUUCUUUGGCUAGUGACCCAAUUCAUCGAACUGAGUUAAGCAGAGAAGUUCAGCCAGCCAAUAUUCAGCAGUAUACACGCCGGUAUCAUCAUGGGGAUUCGAUUCACAAACCUGAUACUCCCCAAUAUCGUUUAAUUACGCAUGUUCAUCCACUAGCUGUAACAAAUAGAGAUGGACGAGAUGGUCAGUCUUCAUCGAAUUUGAAUGCAACGAUUUCUCAGCGGGAACAAGUUGUGUCAACAAAAGUUCGUCGAGAAUCUCCUGAUGCUGAUAGAAGAGUUCGUCUGUCGGCUAGUGUUGAUCGCAGUGGAAAUCUUACUGAUACUACUGAAGAAAUGACAAGGUCUACUAAUGAAGCUGCCACGCCAACAACAGUGGUAACCACAAGAAUCGUUGAGAAAAAAGGAAAAGGCAAAAAGAACAACCAGAAAAUUCCUCCAUCUUCCAAUAAAACAGAUCACGCGUCUUUCGAAGGCCAAGAAAAAAGGAGCCGAUUUGGUGGAUUUUUCACUAAGAAAACUUCUCAAACAUUAUCUGGUUACCCUGAAUCGACUUCUCAGUUUACCGGAGAACUUGACGCUACCCAUCGUGAUGAUGAUCUUGAACCUUCAACUUUUUCACACUCCAACAAAUCGCAACAGUAUUCUUCAAAGCAAGACAAAACGAUCAUCACAUCUGUGGAAUCAAAAUCUGACAGCGGAAACAAGAAACGUCUAAUGGCUGUCGAAAGCCCAGAAGUUCCGAAAAAAUAUCGUCUGAUUGCUCGUAUCCGCCACGAAGGAGAUGAAGACGUUGUUGAGAAACCAGAGAAGUAUUCCUUUGUCACUGAUUCUCAUAGCGGGAUGUUGGAAGAAACUUAUCGUCAGAAAGAACUCGAUCAAAUUCCUAUUAGUUCCCAUGCUGCUGUCUAUCAUCACGGGAAAUCGUGGAGUAUCCAAAGACAGAGCACUUUGUCACAAGAUAGAUCUAAGAUUUCCUCUCUGGGAGCAGACGAUGCUAACCUUUCUAAAAAGAAAGAAGUUCGACUAAUUGCCCGAAUCGAGAGUAAAACCGAAGAAGUUGCUCAUAAGAAACAUAAGAAAGAGGGAAGCUCCGUGUUUGGAUUCUUUAACCGGCCCACAAAAUUACCGGCAGGUACUGAAUACCCAGAAAAAUCUAACGUUUUCACUGGAGACCUGGAUACUACGGGUCGUACUAGCGAUCUCGAGCAACACCCUUUUCAGCACGGAACUCAUCCCGCAUACUCGCCAAAGAAUGUCGAAGCAUAUCAACCGUCAGAAAACUCCAAUGGUGAAAGCAAAACAGAUAUUCCGGCAGCCUACGGUUUCCCAUCUACUUCCUACGACGGACCGCUCGAAACAACAUCAUUAGAACGCGAUUUACAGCACGUCACUAUUGCCGCGCACUCCAAUGUCUACCACCAUGGUGAUUCGUCAAGAAUCGAAAAGCAUGCCUCCCCAGUUGCUACUCCUGAAAAGAAGCAGAAGAAGGUGAAAUCUCCAAAGAAAGAGAAGGUGGAUGUUCCAGCUGAACCAGAAAAGAAGGAAAUUCGUCUGAUUGCUCGUGUUCGAACUGAGCCUGAAGCUGAGAUUGUUGAUGUACCGGUUGUCAAGGAGACAAAAGAGAAGAAGGGAGACUCGAAGUCGAAACUUCCAACUUUCGGAUUCUUCAGCAAAACCACCAAGACUACCAAAACCACUGGAUAUCCCGAAACGUCUGAAGCCUACACUGGAGAACUCGACACCACGGAUCGUACUCAUGAUUUUGAAGGAACUUCGUUUGAACACGGAGAACAUCCUGCUUACUCACCCAAGCAGACUGUGAUCGAGGCCAUUGAAACUCCAGCCGAGCCAGAGAAGAAACGUUAUCGCUUGAUUGCUCGAUUCCGACAUGAAGGAGAUGAGGAUGUUGUUGAAAAGCCAGAUCCAUACCAAAUCGCUACAACCUUGUACGAUGGACCAUUGGAUGAGAUUUCUCGUGAGACUGAUCUUGAUCAUGCUCCGAUCGCAGAUCACGCCAAUGUCUACCACCAUGGUGAUUCGUCAAGAAUCGAAAAGCAUGCCUCCCCAGUUGCUACUCUUGAAAAGAAGCAGAAGAAGGUGAAAUCUCCAAAGAAAGAGAAGGUGGAUGUUCCAGCUGAACCAGAAAAGAAGGAAAUUCGUCUGAUUGCUCGUGUUCGAACUGAGCCUGAAGCUGAGAUUGUUGAUGUACCGGUUGUCAAGGAGACAAAAGAGAAGAAGGGAGACUCGAAGUCGAAACUUCCAACUUUCGGAUUCUUCAGCAAAACCACCAAGACUACCAAAACCACUGGAUAUCCCGAAACGUCUGAAGCCUACACUGGAGAACUCGACACCACGGAUCGUACUCAUGAUCUUGAAGGAACUUCGUUUGAACACGGAGAACAUCCUGCUUACUCACCCAAGCAGACUGUGAUCGAGGCCAUCGAAACUCCAGCCGAGCCAGAGAAGAAACGUUAUCGCUUGAUUGCUCGAUUCCGACAUGAAGGAGAUGAGGAUGUUGUUGAAAAGCCAGAUCCAUACCAAAUCGCUACAACCUUGUACGAUGGACCAUUGGAUGAGAUUUCUCGUGAGACUGAUCUUGAUCAUACUCCGAUCGCAGAUCACGCCAAUGUCUACCACCAUGGUGAUUCGUCAAGAAUCGAAAAGCAUGCCUCCCCAGUUGCUACUCCUGAAAAGAAGCAGAAGAAGGUGAAAUCUCCAAAGAAAGAGAAGGUGGAUGUUCCAGCUGAACCAGAAAAGAAGGAAAUUCGUCUGAUUGCUCGUGUUCGAACUGAGCCUGAAGCUGAGAUUGUUGAUGUACCGGUUGUCAAGGAGACAAAAGAGAAGAAGGGAGACUCGAAGUCGAAACUUCCAACUUUCGGAUUCUUCAGCAAAACCACCAAGACUACCAAAACCACUGGAUAUCCCGAAACGUCUGAAGCCUACACUGAAGAACUCGACACCACUGAUCGUAUUCAUGAUCUUGAAGGAACUUCGUUUGAACACGGAGAACAUUCUGCUUACUCACCCAAGCAGACUGUGAUCGAGACCAUCGAAACUCCAGCCGAGCCAGAGAAGAAACGUUAUCGCUUGAUUGCUCGAUUCCGACAUGAAGGAGAUGAGGAUGUUGUUGAAAAGCCAGAUCCAUACCAAAUCGCUACAACCUUGUACGAUGGACCAUUGGAUGAGAUUUCUCGUGAGACUGAUCUUGAUCAUGCUCCGAUCGCAGAUCACGCCAAUGUCUACCACCAUGGUGAUUCGUCAAGAAUCGAAAAGCAUGCCUCCCCAGUUGCUACUCUUGAAAAGAAGCAGAAGAAGGUGAAAUCUCCAAAGAAAGAGAAGGUGGAUGUUCCAGCUGAACCAGAAAAGAAGGAAAUUCGUCUGAUUGCUCGUGUUCGAACUGAGCCUGAAGCUGAGAUUGUUGAUGUACCGGUUGUCAAGGAGACAAAAGAGAAGAAGGGAGACUCGAAGUCGAAACUUCCAACUUUCGGAUUCUUCAGCAAAACCACCAAGACUACCAAAACCACUGGAUAUCCCGAAACGUCUGAAGCCUACACUGGAGAACUCGACACCACUGAUCGUAUUCAUGAUCUUGAAGGAACUUCGUUUGAACACGGAGAACAUCCUGCUUACUCACCCAAGCAGACUGUGAUCGAGACCAUCGAAACUCCAGCCGAGCCAGAGAAGAAACGUUAUCGCUUGAUUGCUCGAUUCCGACAUGAAGGAGAUGAGGAUGUUGUUGAAAAGCCAGAUCCAUACCAAAUCGCUACAACCUUGUACGAUGGACCAUUGGAUGAGAUUUCUCGUGAGACUGAUCUUGAUCAUACUCCGAUCGCAGAUCACGCCAAUGUCUACCACCAUGGUGAUUCGUCAAGAAUCGAAAAGCAUGCCUCCCCAGUUGCUACUCUUGAAAAGAAGCAGAAGAAGGUGAAAUCUCCAAAGAAAGAGAAGGUGGAUGUUCCAGCUGAACCAGAAAAGAAGGAAAUUCGUCUGAUUGCUCGUGUUCGAACUGAGCCUGAAGCUGAGAUUGUUGAUGUACCGGUUGUCAAGGAGACAAAAGAGAAGAAGGGAGACUCGAAGUCGAAACUUCCAACUUUCGGAUUCUUCAGCAAAACCACCAAGACUACCAAAACCACUGGAUAUCCCGAAACGUCUGAAGCCUACACUGGAGAACUCGACACCACGGAUCGUACUCAUGAUCUUGAAGGAACUUCGUUUGAACACGGAGAACAUCCUGCUUACUCACCCAAGCAGACUGUGAUCGAGGCCAUCGAAACUCCAGCCGAGCCAGAGAAGAAACGUUAUCGCUUGAUUGCUCGAUUCCGACAUGAAGGAGAUGAGGAUGUUGUUGAAAAGCCAGAUCCAUACCAAAUCGCUACAACCUUGUACGAUGGACCAUUGGAUGAGAUUUCUCGUGAGACUGAUCUUGAUCAUGCUCCGAUCGCAGAUCACGCCAAUGUCUACCACCAUGGUGAUUCGUCAAGAAUCGAAAAGCAUGCCUCCCCAGUUGCUACUCUUGAAAAGAAGCAGAAGAAGGUGAAAUCUCCAAAGAAAGAGAAGGUGGAUGUUCCAGCUGAACCAGAAAAGAAGGAAAUUCGUCUGAUUGCUCGUGUUCGAACUGAGCCUGAAGCUGAGAUUGUUGAUGUACCGGUUGUCAAGGAGACAAAAGAGAAGAAGGGAGACUCGAAGUCGAAACUUCCAACUUUCGGAUUCUUCAGCAAAACCACCAAGACUACCAAAACCACUGGAUAUCCCGAAACGUCUGAAGCCUACACUGGAGAACUCGACACCACUGAUCGUAUUCAUGAUCUUGAAGGAACUUCGUUUGAACACGGAGAACAUCCUGCUUACUCACCCAAGCAGACUGUGAUCGAGACCAUCGAAACUCCAGCCGAGCCAGAGAAGAAACGUUAUCGCUUGAUUGCUCGAUUCCGACAUGAAGGAGAUGAGGAUGUUGUUGAAAAGCCAGAUCCAUACCAAAUCGCUACAACCUUGUACGAUGGACCAUUGGAUGAGAUUUCUCGUGAGACUGAUCUUGAUCAUACUCCGAUCGCAGAUCACGCCAAUGUCUACCACCAUGGUGAUUCGUCAAGAAUCGAAAAGCAUGCCUCCCCAGUUGCUACUCUUGAAAAGAAGCAGAAGAAGGUGAAAUCUCCAAAGAAAGAGAAGGUGGAUGUUCCAGCUGAACCAGAAAAGAAGGAAAUUCGUCUGAUUGCUCGUGUUCGAACUGAGCCUGAAGCUGAGAUUGUUGAUGUACCGGUUGUCAAGGAGACAAAAGAGAAGAAGGGAGACUCGAAGUCGAAACUUCCAACUUUCGGAUUCUUCAGCAAAACCACCAAGACUACCAAAACCACUGGAUAUCCCGAAACGUCUGAAGCCUACACUGGAGAACUCGACACCACGGAUCGUACUCAUGAUCUUGAAGGAACUUCGUUUGAACACGGAGAACAUCCUGCUUACUCACCCAAGCAGACUGUGAUCGAGGCCAUCGAAACUCCAGCCGAGCCAGAGAAGAAACGUUAUCGCUUGAUUGCUCGAUUCCGACAUGAAGGAGAUGAGGAUGUUGUUGAAAAGCCAGAUCCAUACCAAAUCGCUACAACCUUGUACGAUGGACCAUUGGAUGAGAUUUCUCGUGAGACUGAUCUUGAUCAUGCUCCGAUCGCAGAUCACGCCAAUGUCUACCACCAUGGUGAUUCGUCAAGAAUCGAAAAGCAUGCCUCCCCAGUUGCUACUCUUGAAAAGAAGCAGAAGAAGGUGAAAUCUCCAAAGAAAGAGAAGGUGGAUGUUCCAGCUGAACCAGAAAAGAAGGAAAUUCGUCUGAUUGCUCGUGUUCGAACUGAGCCUGAAGCUGAGAUUGUUGAUGUACCGGUUGUCAAGGAGACAAAAGAGAAGAAGGGAGACUCGAAGUCGAAACUUCCAACUUUCGGAUUCUUCAGCAAAACCACCAAGACUACCAAAACCACUGGAUAUCCCGAAACGUCUGAAGCCUACACUGGAGAACUCGACACCACUGAUCGUAUUCAUGAUCUUGAAGGAACUUCGUUUGAACACGGAGAACAUCCUGCUUACUCACCCAAGCAGACUGUGAUCGAGGCCAUCGAAACUCCAGCCGAGCCAGAGAAGAAACGUUAUCGCUUGAUUGCUCGAUUCCGACAUGAAGGAGAUGAGGAUGUUGUUGAAAAGCCAGAUCCAUACCAAAUCGCUACAACCUUGUACGAUGGACCAUUGGAUGAGAUUUCUCGUGAGACUGAUCUUGAUCAUACUCCGAUCGCAGAUCACGCCAAUGUCUACCACCAUGGUGAUUCGUCAAGAAUCGAAAAGCAUGCCUCCCCAGUUGCUACUCCUGAAAAGAAGCAGAAGAAGGUGAAAUCUCCAAAGAAAGAGAAGGUGGAUGUUCCAGCUGAACCAGAAAAGAAGGAAAUUCGUCUGAUUGCUCGUGUUCGAACUGAGCCUGAAGCUGAGAUUGUUGAUGUACCGGUUGUCAAGGAGACAAAAGAGAAGAAGGGAGACUCGAAGUCGAAACUUCCAACUUUCGGAUUCUUCAGCAAAACCACCAAGACUACCAAAACCACUGGAUAUCCCGAAACGUCUGAAGCCUACACUGGAGAACUCGACACCACUGAUCGUAUUCAUGAUCUUGAAGGAACUUCGUUUGAACACGGAGAACAUCCUGCUUACUCACCCAAGCAGACUGUGAUCGAGACCAUCGAAACUCCAGCCGAGCCAGAGAAGAAACGUUAUCGCUUGAUUGCUCGAUUCCGACAUGAAGGAGAUGAGGAUGUUGUUGAAAAGCCAGAUCCAUACCAAAUCGCUACAACCUUGUACGAUGGACCAUUGGAUGAGAUUUCUCGUGAGACUGAUCUUGAUCAUACUCCGAUCGCAGAUCACGCCAAUGUCUACCACCAUGGUGAUUCGUCAAGAAUCGAAAAGCAUGCCUCCCCAGUUGCUACUCUUGAAAAGAAGCAGAAGAAGGUGAAAUCUCCAAAGAAAGAGAAGGUGGAUGUUCCAGCUGAACCAGAAAAGAAGGAAAUUCGUCUGAUUGCUCGUGUUCGAACUGAGCCUGAAGCUGAGAUUGUUGAUGUACCGGUUGUCAAGGAGACAAAAGAGAAGAAGGGAGACUCGAAGUCGAAACUUCCAACUUUCGGAUUCUUCAGCAAAACCACCAAGACUACCAAAACCACUGGAUAUCCCGAAACGUCUGAAGCCUACACUGGAGAACUCGACACCACGGAUCGUACUCAUGAUCUUGAAGGAACUUCGUUUGAACACGGAGAACAUCCUGCUUACUCACCCAAGCAGACUGUGAUCGAGGCCAUCGAAACUCCAGCCGAGCCAGAGAAGAAACGUUAUCGCUUGAUUGCUCGAUUCCGACAUGAAGGAGAUGAGGAUGUUGUUGAAAAGCCAGAUCCAUACCAAAUCGCUACAACCUUGUACGAUGGACCAUUGGAUGAGAUUUCUCGUGAGACUGAUCUUGAUCAUACUCCGAUCGCAGAUCACGCCAAUGUCUACCACCAUGGUGAUUCGUCAAGAAUCGAAAAGCAUGCCUCCCCAGUUGCUACUCUUGAAAAGAAGCAGAAGAAGGUGAAAUCUCCAAAGAAAGAGAAGGUGGAUGUUCCAGCUGAACCAGAAAAGAAGGAAAUUCGUCUGAUUGCUCGUGUUCGAACUGAGCCUGAAGCUGAGAUUGUUGAUGUACCGGUUGUCAAGGAGACAAAAGAGAAGAAGGGAGACUCGAAGUCGAAACUUCCAACUUUCGGAUUCUUCAGCAAAACCACCAAGACUACCAAAACCACUGGAUAUCCCGAAACGUCUGAAGCCUACACUGGAGAACUCGACACCACGGAUCGUACUCAUGAUCUUGAAGGAACUUCGUUUGAACACGGAGAACACCCUGCUUUUGAAGCUUCAUCUACAUCUAUUACAAUUGAAGCUUUUGAUCCAUCACAUGAAAAAGUGAUUAAAAAACCAUCACGAUUCCAUUGGUUCUCAAGAUGGAGGCAUGAAGGAGAUGAGGAUGUUGUUGAAAAACCUGAAGGAUACAUAUUAUCUUCUGAAAUUUAUGAAGGCCCCUACGAUAACAUGCGACCAAUCGGAGAGCUUGAACUGACACCAAUACUUGAUCACUCACAAGUCUAUCACAAUGGUGAGUCCGGGAAACUCGAAAAACGGAGUUCCAAGGAGAAAAGAAUUAAGACACCAAGUCCUGAACGUGUGGAACCCUCCGAGAUCAAGCUUGUUGCUCGCAUUCAACCGUUAGAGCAUGUCGAAGAUUCCGAAAUUUCUGAGAAACUUUCCCCUGUGAAAGAUCGAUCGAGAGCUCCUUCAUUUAGCAUGUUCCAUCGACAGUCGAAACAACGUGGAUAUCCAGAGAUUUCUCCGUUGUAUGAAGGUAACCUGGAUGUAACUGGUCGUGCAGCUGAAGUGGAGAAUACUCCUAUUGAAGUGAGAAGCGUUCCGGAAUACCAUCCCAAACAAGAAGUGUCUGCUCAACAUCCUGAAAGUUCUCAGCCCAACAGAUUCUAUCGCCUUAUUGCAAGAUGGAGACACGAAGGAGAUGAAGAUGAAAUCGAAAAACCUGAUGCCUACAAAUUUGUUACAGAAGUGUAUGAAGGUCCGCUUGAUGAUAUUCGCCCUGUAGUGGAACUCGCUCAAGAUCCAAUAUCAGAUCAUUCUCAAGUUUAUCAUAACGGAGAGUCGUGGAAAGCUGAAAAGAAUAUCAAGCCACCCAAACCUGUUCGAAAUACGAAAAAGGGACUUUCUCCAGAACCAAUCGAAUCUGAAGUCCACGAAAUCAGACUUUUAACACGUGUCGCUUCAAGCUCCGAGGAACCUGAAGAGGUCGAUGUAAUCCCGGCAGAAUCUACACCUGUUAAACCAUUCCGGCUUCGUUUCCUGAGCAUCGGCAAAAAAUCGCCAACGUCUCCAGAUUCCGAGUUCCCGGAAUGUUCACCACAGUACGACGGGCCGGUUGACCUGACCAGUAGAUCUGAUGAGCUUGAGGUGAUGCCGUAUCUGCAUGGCUCAGUUCCACCGUACUCACCAAAGUUUACACCUGUCAAGAAAGUGGAUAAAGCAGACGAAGAACGGAAGAAGUACACAGUAAUAUACAGAUUCCGGCACGAAGGGGAAGAAGAUUUUGCCGAUAAGCCAGAAGCAUAUGGAUUUAGUUCAGACGUUUAUACUGGAUCGCUCAAUGAAAUUUCUCGAAGUUCUGAACUGGAACAUGCUGCCAUUCACGAUCACUCCCAGGUUUAUCAUGAUGGAUUAUCAUAUAAAAUUGAUAAUAAACAGAAGAAGAGUAAAGAUCGAACUGAAUUGGAAGAACCAAAAACUUCACGACUUGUUGCUCGUGUUCUACCUCAACAAGAAGCGUCAGAUUCAGGCUCUCCAAAGAAAGACGAUAAGGACAAAGGUUUCAGAUUCAGAUUCUUCAGCAAGGCAUCUCCUAAAAGUAGCGGUUAUCCAGAGGUUUCGCCUACUUUCGAAGGUCCAAUUGAUGUUACAGGACGAGUGGAAUCAUUAGAACACGUACCACUUCAGUCUAGAGAAUUCCCAACAUACUCACCGAGAAAGUCUCAAGAGAAGCCUUCAGAGAAAUCGUCGGAGAGAACUGUUGAACCAAAACGAUAUCACUUAAUUGCUCGAAUUCGUCACGAAGGAGACGAAGAAACUGUGGAAAAUCCAGACACCUACGGAUUUGCUUCCACAUCAUACGACGGACCUCUAGAAGAGACCUCGAAAUCAGUGGACGUUGAGGAAACUCCUAUUUCUGUAUACUCAAACGUUUACCAUCAUGGAGAAUCAAUCAGAGUGGAGAAAAGACAGAGAAAAGCAAAAAUCUCGGCGGAGCCAGAGAAAGAUGAUGAUCAAGAGAAUGUGCCACCUAAAUCGCGUUUCAGUUUCCUUCGUGGUGGACAAAAGCGAGUUUUAUCUUACCCGUCCACUUUAUAUUCCGGUCCAUUAGAGACUACUGACCGAGACUUGGACCUAGAGAACAUUCCAUUAUCGAUUCCAGUGCACGGUUCCUCAGACCAACAUGCCCGGAAGUAUCGCCUGAUCGCACGCAUUCGUCAUGCUGGUGACGAAGACGAAGUUGCAGCGCACAAAUUGCACCCCGUUUUCUACUCGUUCCCUGCUGUCCAAUAUUCUGGCAUUCUUGAAAAGACUGCACUGUGCAAAGAAGUCGAUGAAGUGCCAAUUGGAAGAUUCGCAAGAGUCUAUCACUCUGGAUCAUCCGGUGGACUCAUUUGGAAUCUUCUCAAGAACAGAAACUCUAGGGCGUCUAAGGAUAUGGAUGAACCGAAGCGAAAGAGAAAGGAUCAGAAAGAUCAAAAAGAUAUCAAGUUGAUUGCUAGAGUUCUGCCAAUGAAAAAGACGCCUGAAAAAUCUGAUCGUUUCGAAAAGGCGACGAAAGAAGAGCCACUUCGGGAGGCGGAACUUGUUAGAUCAACUCAAUCGGAAGCACAAGGAAACAUCAGCACCGUCAGCUACAUUCCAUCAUCUCUUACUUAUGAUGUGCCACGUCCUGCCAGAAUCGAAGGAUACACAUAUGGAGGCGAUUGUUACGUGGAAAUUCGACAUGAACGGCGUGCGGAAGUACACUUGGAGCCGGUAUAUGUGCUCCAAGAGACCAACGCACGAAGCCACGCCUACCUCUCAACUGCCACCGCUGUUUUCUCUGGUGCCUCCACCAGUGCUGCUGCAGCAGACUCUGGUGCCAACAGCUCUACCAACACCACAAGCCAUUCCCUAGUGUUGCCCUCUUUUGCCGCUUCGGUAUCUGAAGACGAAACAGGAAUACAUCACUUCUCGUGGACACCUUUGCAUAUGUCACCACAACCCGAGAAAAUGUCGUUCUUGGCAAGACUCGGAUUCAAGCGUGACAAGAGCAACAAGAAAGACAAGAAGAAGAGAAAGAAGGGUGAAAACGAGACGAGUGGUGAGACAUCGGACAGCGAGCAUGACGAGAAGCGAGAAUUCGCUAUUGUUGAGUUUGAGCCGCAUGCUCCCACCUCUCCUCAUGAAGAUCAGUUACCUCCGAAAAAACCGGAGCACCGUACACACAAGUCGCCUGGGCGACGGGUCGACGAGCCGAUGAAUGAGGUUACGGUAGUGGUAACCAGCUCGGAGAGGCCGAAAGAGUUGAAGAACACAAAAGAAGUGCGGCAUGAGACACGUGAACAGCAAUUCCGACUCACUGGUGAUGGUUAUACGUCGGGGUUCAACCCGAAUGAUCCGUCGCUGAUGGCAACAAUUCAACGAGCCGAACGCCUGAACGCCAGCUCGCCACGGUUGGAACACGCCGAGCGCACUUUCACUGUGCGCGCCAACGCGCCUCUACCGGUCUCUUUCGAGGAGAGCGGCCAACCCUAUACAACGGUGUCUACGUGGCAAGAGACAAGCGAUCUUCCGGAGCAAGUUGAAGUGUACACUGAUGAGAACGGACGGCAGAUCACGCGAACAGUGAAGUCGUCUCAAGUGAAGCACACGGUUCAAACGCAAUCCUUCCAAAACUACAUUGUCGACGGAGAUCAAGUUCCAGUGGGCGUCGUCGACGUGGAAAGAAGUCGCGAACAGCUGACACCACUCGGACAAAAGGCUUCUUCGUCGACUUCUUCUGAUGUGCAAAAUGGUGGUGGUGAAAAUGGUGGAAUCGUGGAGACUCAGACCAGAACAAUGACCUACGAGGCACAAGGCGGAGAGAAUUCCGCGCCACCUGGAUGGGCUGAGGAGGGUCUCGGCGAGUACGUCUCAUCGAAAAGUGUGACUCAGGGCAAUCGAACGAUCGAAACUAUCACCUACAAGACGGAAAAAGACGGAAUUGUUGAGACACACGUUGAGCAUCGUGUCACCAUUCACUCUGAUGGCGAUAUUGAUCAUGAUGCAGAGCUCUCCCAAGCGAUUCUCGAAGCCACCCAAAUGAAUCCAGAUAUGGUUGUUGAAAAGAUUGAAGUUCGUCAGGAGACCACCCAAUAAUUCUUUUCAUCAUUAUCGAAUAUUUUUUCUAUUAUUUUCUAAUUUUCUCCACCCACCCAUUCCCAUCCUAAAAGUCGUUGUGUUUCUUUUUAUCUACUUUUACUUCCCCUGUUUUAUGGUUUAAAUUGCGAACGACACCCCUCAAUAUUUUUUUUUCAAAAUUCGAAAUAUUAUCCGAAACUUCGCAAAUCUAGCUUAAUCGUUCCCAUUCUAUUUCGAAAUUCCCGCAUUCUUCAAACUGGCUACCCGAUACCAUGCGCGCGUAACACAUUUCUUCUCUGAUUUAAUUGGUUUUUUCUUAUUCUGAGCCUAUUUUUUCUGGAGAGGUCCCGCUUAAAGUAGCUCUUUUUAAGAUUUUUUCUAAAAAAUUUUUAUUCGAAAUCGAAUUACCUUUUUCUAUCGUUAUCAAAAUGUUUCUAUUGUAUUCUGGUGUUGCUCCAAAGUUGUUUUCAACCUCCGUUCGGAGACGCAACUUUCGAUGCUUUAAAUUUUUUUUUCUUAUUUUCUGCUUUUGUCAAUUAUCUGCUACGAAUUACCCAAUGAACACAUAACUAAAUGAAUAAUUCAAAUUGA